CUCCUAAAUUAACAAAAAAGAAACUAAAUUUGUUAUAAGUAAGCAUUUUCUCUCUAUCUCACCCUCACAACUCACAAGCUUAUUAGUAUUCCAAAAAAUGGCACCAAAGAAGGGUGAAGAAGGUUUAGGGAACAGAAGAAUAGUGAACAAAGGAACAUGGACUGCUGAAGAAGAUCAAAAGCUGUCUAAUUAUAUUCAACAACAUGGUGCUAACCAUUGGAAAACUGUGGCCCUCAAUGCUGGAUUAAAACGAUGUGGGAAGAGUUGUAGAUUGAGAUGGUUAAAUUACCUACGACCAAAUAUCAAAAGGGGCAACAUUUCUGAUGAAGAGGAGGACUUGAUAAUUAGGCUUCACAAGCUUCUGGGAAAUAGGUGGGCAUUAAUUGCAGGUAGAUUACCAGGAAGAACAGAUAAUGAAAUUAAAAAUUAUUGGAAUUCUCACUUGAGCAAAAAAGUAAAUCAAGAGGAUAGAAAGACAGAAUUUCCUGCAAUUUCUGCUGCUGCAACACCAUCAACUGAGAUUACAGAAGAAGCAAUGGAAAAUGAAGACACUGAAAUUAGGAUUGAUAUGAAUGAAAUGUUUGAUUUCUCUGCUGAAGGUACCUAUGGCUUGGAUUGGGUUGAUAGGUUUCUUGAAGCAGAUAAACAAGGACCAUAACUAUGUAAUGUGUAGUGUAAAACCUUAGGCUCUAAACAAUUUUACCAGCUUCUGAUAUUAUGUCAAGGAAUUAACUUAACUAAAAAUUUCAGCUGAUGAUUGAAGCUCUAUGAUAUGUAUAUACUCUUAUCAUUUCUGAUUGUGUUUCUAAGAUAUGUAUAUACUCUUAUCAUUUCUGAUUGUGUUUCUAAGAUGUUUCUAUAGAACAUCAAUAUAAGAUAAUGGAAUACAAUAACAUUAAAAUGAACUUUAUAGAAUCAUCAAACCUUGCAAGCACCAACAGAGAAUGUAUGAUUAUGAACCAGUGUAACAUAAUUCGCCAACUAAUUCGCCUUUUGAAUUCAGAAUUCGGUCAAAAUUGUUGAAAAAAAUCCAAA